AUGCUGCAGUUCCAGGCACACCACGGUACGGUCAAUGCCGUAGCACUCACAGACAACGGUGAGAUCAUGGUGUCGUGUGGGGUAGACAAGCAGCUGUGUGCCUGGAGUGUGGAAGAUGGGGCUCUGCUGUUCACAGCCUCGCUGGGAUGUGUGUACACUUGCCUGACCCUCAGUGGGCUCAUUGUCCUGUGUGGUACGGAUAGUGGCUAUUUACAUGCGUGGGAUAUUGCUGCUCACGCCCGGUUGUUCGUGGUUCAGGUCCAUCCAGGUAUGGAACCAUAG